AUGACCAAUUUCCUGAAGGAUGAAGGAUUAUUACAACUAGAAACAGAACCAUGUAUUUUCAAGAACAAAGAAGAAACCAUUUAUUUGGGAAUUCAUGUAGACGAUGGUAUUAUAAUCGGAAAAAGUGAAGAAGCCAUAGAUAAGCUAUUAAGAAAAAUAGGAAAAAGAUUCCAAACAAAAAUAAAUAAAAAUCCAGAUAAAUAUAUUGGAAUGGAGAUAAUACAUACAAAGAGAGAUCUGAAGUUAAAACAAGAAAAGUUCAUUGAAAAUUUACUAGAAGACUAUAACAUGAAAGAUGCUAAGAUAAUACAGACACCUAUGGAAACAAUUAAAAGAGAAAAAUCAGACAAGAACAUAACAUUUCCUUACAGACAAUUAUUAGGAAGUCUCACAUACAUAUCCAACAAAACUAGACCAGACAUAAGCUUUGCUGUCAACCAGUGCAGCAGGAAUGUUGAAAAUCCAACUGAAAAUGAUGUGACGACGAUAAAAAGAAUACUAAGAUACCUAAAAGGGACAAAAGAUAAAGGACUAGAAUACAAGAAGGAAGAAAAAGAUCUAGAACUUACCGCAUACUGUGACUUUGACUAUGCAGUCGCUCACUUCUUCGGCAUUCAACGUCACACGGGCUCGCUACAAGUGCUAGCCAAUAAUGAUCAAGCGCACGCCUCUUCCCCCUUCAACGCCGAGUACUGCGCCUGCGACGGCUCAGCUAAUAAGCGGACCAAUACUACAAAAUGCGGGGUCGGAGCCUUCGUUAAAUUCACCGGACUUUGUUACUGCGCGUAA